GAGGUUGCUCAGCCGAAGCUGAGGAUUUACCGUGUCGGCCAAAAGGGUUCAACACGUCCAGCCACUAAAGCCACAAGGAUAGCACCAUUGCCCGACCGCUCGUUGUCCAUCACUCGCUCGCGCGUGCAGCUUAACGGCGCACUCCCGCCAGGCUGCCAGCCAGCACUCGCGGCGUCGCGUGCGGUAGUACUCACGCACCAUCGCAUGCGUCUGCGCGCGCGCUGUGCGACAGGGCUCAAAGAGCGUGCUGCUUAGGAUCGCGACCGGGCCCCCUCGGGCUCAUUUGCGCCCCUCGGAGAAUCACGAGUCACCCACGCGCUCCCACUUGGAAAUCCAAUAAUCCAAUAAUCCAAUAAUCCAAUAAUCCAAUCAUAAUUUGAAAAUCCGCCGCGCCUCCUUCUGUUUCGCCCUUCGAGGCGCCGCGCCUCCCGCUGAUUCCGCCUCGGGGUCCGCUGCACCAUCCCCCGCGCAGCGGCGCGCGCCGCCAUGCCCCCACUGAACCCGGACCUCUUCUCCCGCCAGGCAGCGGAGUACGCGCGGCACCGCCCGCGCUACCCGCCCGCGCUGUUCGCUUUCCUGGCGGAGCUCUGCCCCGUGCGGGAGGUGGCGUGGGACGUGGGCACGGGCAACGGGCAAUCCGCCGCUGAGCUGGCGCGGGUGUUCGCGCGCGUGGUCGCGACGGACAUCAGCGCGGCGCAGCUGAGCCACGCGCCCGCGCUGCCCAACGUGCGCUACGCCGCCACGCCGCCCGCCAUGGACGACGCCCACGUGCGCCACACCGUGGGGCCGCCCGCGUCAGUGGAUCUGGUGACGGUGGCGCAGGCCAUGCACUGGUUCGACUUUGACCGCUUUGCAGCCAAUGUGCACGCUGUGCUCAAGCCACGCACAGGGGUGGUGGCUGCCUGGUGCUACACCCUGCCCCGAGUGAACCCGGUGGUGGACGUUGCAUUGGACCGCUUUUACAAGCGCUCGGACCCCUUCUGGGAGCCGCGUAGGCGCUACAUCGACCGCUGCUACCGGGACAUCCCCUUCCCCUUCCACCCCUUGCCCCAGCUCCAAGGGCAGGGCACGGGGCCGUUGAGGUUUGAGUCCUUCGUGGAGUGGACAGUGAAUGAUGUGCUGGGCUUCCUCUCCUCCUGGUCCGCUGUGGCCACAGCCAAGGCGAAGGGGGUUGACCUGUUGACAGCCGAGGCAUGCGCUGAGCUGGAGGGAGCUUGGUUGGCUGGAGAGGGCGAUGGUGGGGAGGGAGGCAAGGAGAGGAGUUCUAGUGAGGUGCGCAGGAAAGUUUGCUUCCCCAUAUACAUGCGGGCGGGGACAGCUUAGCCAUGAAAUUACUGUCAAACAUGUGUAUCUCUAAUGUUUGUAUAGACUGUAUAGGGUCACCUCUUAGAGGGUACAACACUUAGGUAUAUUCUCUUGUACUCUCUCACUACUCUCUCAUUAUUGAGUUCUGAGAU